AUGAAGUUCAACGGGUUUAGUUGGAAGUCAAGGAAAAAGCUGGUGGUAGGUCAACUUUACAAGCUCAAGAAACACCUACGUGAAUUGGCUUCCAAGUUGGUAGCCAUCAGGGCCUAUGAAGUUGCCUUUGACGUAGCCAGUAAAAAGCGGGAGAUCGCCAACACCGGAGAUGACAGACGCAAUCGCUUCUACCGUGCUAACUAG